AUGCAAGCAACAGUACAGACAUCACGGGAUCAUGAAUCAGCAUACGCCGCGGCUCAGAAGGUCGUCGAAGUCCAUCACGCACUCGCGGACUUUCUUGCAGCGGGACAAACGCUUGCCGAGAUCGAUCGGUUCGUUGGUGAGACCAUUCGGAGACUGGGUGGGACCUCAUGUUUCUACAAGUAUCGUCCGGGUCGGAUGCCACCCUUCCCUUCCCAAGCAUGUUUGAGUGUUAACGACUGCGUUGUCCACGGCACGGCUGGUUAUCUCACUCGUCCUAUGGAACAGGGGGAUGUCCUGAGCAUCGAUAUCGGCGUCAAGUAUCACGGCUGGUUUGGUGAUGCGGCGUGGACCUACGUGUUCGGUGAAAUGAAUGACGAGAUCAAACGGUUGACAAACUCUGGGAAGGAGUCACUCGAGGAGGGAAUCAAAGAACUCCGUCCGGGUAAUACCUACUUGGCUUGGGCGAAGCGCGUUCAGGGAAUUGUUGAAGGCGACUAUGGCUUUCAUAUGAUCCGAGGUCUGGGUGGUCAUGGGUGCGGACGCAAGCUGCACUCAUCGCCUUGGAUAUCCAAUGUCGUUCCUUCAUAUCCAGGCGAAUGGCCGGAUGCGAAUCUCGCGUGCACUCCUGGGACAAUUGUUGCUGUUGAACCGAUGAUCGGUGUUGGGACUGGGAUGAUCGAGCAGGCGGAUCGGGAUUGGCCGAUCUACACGGCGGACCACUCCAUGUCGGUGCAUUACGAGCAUGAUGUCCUCAUCACUGAGGAAGGGCCUGAGAUACUCACGGCUGGCGGUGCAUCGGUCGUGGAGAUCGGGUUUCCGUACUCGGAUCCCGUCGCGGAUGGCCCGACGAUUGCCGCGGCGAUGCAUGACGCGAUCGAGGAUGGGAUGACUCCGGACCUGAUCUUCGAGCAGGUCGCAUCGGUCCGCGAUGAUCUAGAGAUUGGUUUGGUCGCGAUGGUCUCGACGAGCAUCGUGAUUGCAUUGGGUGGUCCUGAUGCGUUCUGCAAGCGAGCGAAGGAUGCGGGGUUUGAUGGGUGUAUCUUCCCUGAUCUGGUGUUUGAGGAGUCUGGGCCGUAUGUCGAGGCGUGCAAGAGUCACGGGCUCACCAACUCGCUGCUGAUCUCGCCUUCGACAGCGAUUGAGCGUGCGGGGGAAAUCUCCAAGGCAUCGAGCGGUUUUGUCUACAUGCUCGCUCGAGCGGGGAUUACAGGCGAGCGGAGCGAGAUUCCCGACAUCGGGGAUCGCGUGCGUGAUCUUCGGAUCAAGUCCCCCACUCCCAUCGCAUGCGGUUUCGGGAUUUCUACUCCGGAGCAAGUGCGAGCCGUGACGCAGCACGCGGACGGCGCGAUCGUGGGCAGCGCUCUUGUGCGUCGAUUGAUUGACGCGAAGGCGGCUGGAAAGAACCCCGCUCAGGAGGCGGAGGCAUUCCUGAUGGAGCUGUCCACAGGAUCGUUCUCGAUGGAUGACCUAAUGGGCUGA